GCUCCAGCCAAUCAGGCGUCGGGCUCUCAUUACGCAAGCUGCUGCGACAUUUCCUGUAAACAGGGUUCAAACUGCGGCGGGUCAACCAACGGAGUGUUUCUGACAAAGAGAAGAUGGCGGCGGCAGACGAGGAGAUCCAGCUCUUGAGGAGCCAGUUGAGGGAGAGGGAGGAGCAGGUCCAUCAGGCAGCUCAGGCUGGUCUGGAUCUUCUCAACCAGCAGAUGGAGCUUCAAACCAAGAUGGAUGAACAGAGGAUAGAGAUGACCAACGCACUGGAGGCUCUUGAGCAAGACAAGUACACACUGCAUAAGGAAGUGGAGUUAAAGACUCGGAUGCUGGAGUCGCUGCAGUCAGAGUACGACUGCUGGAAGAAUCAGCAGAAGCAGCAACUUGAAGAACAACAGGAACAUCUGGAGAGGAGCCACAGCAUGGCCAUCAAUGAGCUCCACAACAAGAUGCUGAGGCUGCAAUCGGCCCUGGAGGAGUCCCAGCUGAAUGAAAAACAGCUGAAACACAAACUGGAGGUGCAGACAGAGAUGCUAAACAACAAGAUGGAGGAGCUCCAAUCUCUGAAUGAACACAAACACAACUCCAUGACGUCUGAGAUGAUGGAGGUGCAGAUGAAGAUAAUGGAGCUGGAGAAUGACAAGGCGGAUUUGGAGCGGAUGCUACAGGAGUCUGUGUACAAAGAGCAGCAGCUGGAGCUGAGCAGCAACAGUCUACAGCAUCAGAUCCAGCGGAUCACCGAGGAGAAGGAGGAAAGGGAGAAGGAAGCUGUCUCCUGGUUCAACGCUUUAGAGAAAUCUCGUGAAGUGAACCGAGACCUUCAGAUCCAGUUGGAUCAGGUUCUGCAGCAGGCCCAGGACCCAAACAGCAAGGGAAACUCUCUGUUUGCUGAGCUGGAGGAUAAGAGGGCUGAGAUGGAGAGACGGCUCAUCAGCAUGAAGGUCCAGUAUGAGUCGCUGCAGAAGAUCCACGCCUUCAGCAAGCAGCAGCUGCAGCGUAUGAAGGUCCAGAUAGCUACUCUGAUGCAGCUGCAAGGAUCCAGGGUUGAUGUUGCUCAGCUGGAGAGGCUGCAGUCUAUGCUGUAUGAGAAGAACGGGGAGAUCCAGAAUCUGAUGGCUAAACUGCAGAGACUGGAGAAGGUGGAGAUGCUGCUGAAGUCUCAGCCGGCCAACCCACUGCAGGAAGCUGGAAGUGAAGUUCAGGAUGAAACGUACUACACUGACCUGCUGAAAAUGCAGCUCAGCAACACCACUAAGGAUGUAGAGCGCCUCGGAGACGAGCUUUCGCUGCAGAGGAUGAAGUCGCUGUCAGAGAGUCAGCGAGCUCUGGAGCUGGAGAGGAAACUGUUCUCAUCUGAUCGGCUGCUGAAACAGACUCAGAGCAACAUGAUCAAGCUGCAGCUGCGUGUGGAGGAACUUCAGGACAAAUAUGAACCAAAAGAGAUGAUGAUGAAUCGUCUUCAGAAGAGAAGGAGAGAGAAACUUCCUGUAGACGCUGUGCUGCCGUCUGAGGAGAACACGCUCCAGGCUGAGAGGGUUGUAGGCGUGAGCAGCGCUGCAGGCUCUGAGGACAACACCUGUCUGAAAGAGGAGAACGCCACCUCAGGUGUGACCGCUGGAUCAGGAUCUGCUGCUCCAGGUUCAGAUCAGAAGCAGCCUGCCAAGUGUGUGAAGAUCAGUCCAGAUGAGCCGGUGGUGAUUCCCAACUCCAGAGAGGAAGAGGAGGAGAACCAGCAGCAGAACAGACGAAAGGAGAGGAGGAAGAAGCAAAGACCAGUAGAAGUGAUCCACGUCACCUCUAACACCAGCACGGAGAACCAGUGUUCCCAGCAGUAGAACGCUGCAUCUCUGUCUGGUGCUGUGAUUUUAUCUUGUGUUAAUCUGAAUAAAACGUUGAAUUUUGAAAUUUGAAUAAGUUUUUGUUCAACGGCCACAUUAUUACAACCCUUUACAGCCCGACCCCUGAAACAAUAGUAAGAAACCAGGGAUAUACAUGUCAUAUCUUUGUAGAUAUACUGUAUUUGUUUUAAAUUUUUAUAUAGUCUAUUUAAUAAAUGGUUAUAUAGAC